AUGGCACAGCUUUACAGCCUCCCCUCUGAGAUUGCCAAUAAUCUCUUGGAUUUUGUCUCUAGAUCUGAUCUCGUGGCUCUAUCCUAUGUCAGCCAAGCCCUGCGCCGAUCUGCCGAGCCAUUUCUGUAUGCGAACAUUGCUUUCGAUUGGGACUAUCGUCAGGUGCCUCCGGUCGUCCCUCUCCUUCGCACCCUCCUCCAGAGACCAGAGCUUUUCGCCUAUAUAGACUCUGUUACCAUGGUUGGAAAUCAGUUUGCCAUUAAUACACGACCUAAGCCUUUGGACCCAUCCAAGAUGCCAUUAGACCUUUUCCUAACCGCGAUCGAGAAGACCAAGGUGCCAUAUACCAGUCUCUGGGUUGAUCAACUGAAAUCGGCUUCAGGCAGCAUGGAUGCGCUUAUUGGUUUGUUCAUCGCUAAUCUUUGCAAGAUACGAUUCCUUGCAAUCACACACAACUUCAUCCACAGGUCCGAAAUCGCCAGUCGAGUUCUGCAGUCUAAGAUCCUUGGCCAGAUACCCGAUUAUUCGGCAGUCUUUGGCCAACUGCCCAGAUUCGAACAGCUGAACCGGCUCAUUUAUUACAAGGAGCGUUCCGCUUCAGAUCUUGAUGUCUUCCCGGACGUCAUGUCUUUAUUCUAUCUCCCAACAGCCAGUGACUUGGUUGUCAAUAUACCGAACCCCAAGUUGCCAUUUGAAUGGCCGGCAGGAGAGCCUGACCUCAGCCACCUGACCUCGCUCGAGGUCGAUUGGGUCUAUCCGGACUGCCUGGCGCAGAUUCUUGAGCACACGAGUAAUCUGAAAACGCUCUACUGGAACUGGCAAUAUGACGAGUAUGGCACUGAGAGAUCCGGUUCCCGUUUGGACUAUGACCACAUUACGACGGCCCUACUACCCCUCAGAAGAACGUUGGAGAAGUUCCAUUUCCGCUUAGAGGAGACCUCGCUCGAGUAUAUUGACGAGGGGAUAGUCACCGCAGGAUCAUGGGAUGGCCUUCGAGACUUUGAGCGGCUCGUCUAUCUUGAUGUCCCCCUGAUAUCUCUUACCGGCGUGGACAUGAUACCUGAACCCAUGGAGCGCCAUGUCCCGCCCAGCGUUGAGGCGCUCUGCCUCACGCCCGCCAUGCUGGUUCAUGAAGAGGCAGUCUUGUGGGUGUUGUAUCCGGCAGAUGCCUCAUCAGAGGAGCUUGAGCAAUUGAUCAUUGCGGACUGGCACCCUGAAAAAGAUGUAAUCAAGCCGAUCAAGGCGUUGGCGGAGAGAUGCCCACAACAGCUGCCGCGACUGCGUCGCAUAGAAUUCCUUGGUGAACCGGGGACUUGGAACGCGCGGAUGGAUCCGUUGAUGAGCGAGGCUGAUCUUGUGCAUGGUGUUGAGCUCCGGGUGAUACAUGAAGAAUACUGGUAUAAACGCCACCUCCCCGACUACGUAUUUGAUAUCUAG